CCGUGUAUUUUUUGUAGGGAGGUUUUGGAAAUGAUAAGGGUGACAAUGUUGAUUACACAUCAUUUUUCAUAAACGAUGUUGUUUAUGAUACCCAUGAUGAUGCUUGUGCGGCUGCAAGGGAGAUUGCCAUGAGAAAUAGGUUUUUCUUGAUUGUGGGAUCAGUCAAGCAAAAUCACUCAUCAGAAAAAUAUCUGCGGUACUAUAUGGAUUGCAACCAUGGCUAUAGGAACAAGUCAUAUACUCCUGAUUUGGCAAAAACAACACGGAGCAAAUCUAAAACAGGUAAGUAUGAUUGUCGUUUCCGAGUGGUAGUGAGUUGUUCAUUGGUAGAUGGGAAGUGUGAGUGGAGAAUUUAUGGUGUUAAGGAAAAAGAUAAUCCGGGUAAGUCGAGAGGAUUUCACAAUCACAAAUAGGAGGUUUAUUCUGAAGGAAGUAGGCAAAGGAAUUCUCUUUCGAAAGAGAGAAGAAUAGAUAUUAAGGAGUUGGAGGCAACACACACUCAGGCAAGAGAUAUUAGGAGUUUUAUGAAUAGGAAGUACAAUGCUCAUCACCAUAUGAAGCAGAUUUAUAACAAGAUAGAAAAGAUUAGGCGUGAGAGAAUGGGUGGCACGAAACCUAUGCGGUGGACAUUGAUAGAAGUUCAACGUCUCGAUUACUUUGUUGAGUGCGAGUUUGAUGAUGAGCGUCGUGUUUAUAGACUCUUCCUUUCACAUCCAGAGUCUAUUCCGAUGUUGAGCGCAUGGUAUUUCGUCAUUUUGAUAGACUCAACUUACAAGACCAACAAGUAUAAGCAGCCACUAGUUCAGUUGAUUGGUGUUAAUCCGCUGUUGGGUUUACAUUGGUGUCGGAUGAGACGAAGGAGACAUAUGCUUGGGUUUUGAUGCAAUUGAAGCAUCUGCUUGGUGAUCGAACACCUGAUGCGUUUGUUACCGAUAAGGAGGGAGGUUUGGGUGUCUCAUUGCGAUAGAUCUUUCCAUCUUCACCUCAUUUACUAUGUGUGUGGCACAUGAAGAGGAACAUUGAAGCUAAAAUUUUGUCUUUUAGGAUCAGCGUGAUUCUGCCGAGUUGUUUGUAGAAGGUCCAUGGGGGAGAGUCUUGAAUGCCAAUACCGAGGCAGGGUUCCAACGGUGUUGGCGAGACUUGCAAAAUGGUCAUUGGGGUACAAACGAAAAGUUGAUGGACUUCCUCAAAGUGAGUGGAUACCAUGCGCGGAAAGGUGGGCUCAUUGCUACACCAAUCGUGUCUUCCAUAUUGGUAACACAAGCACAAAUAGGGUAGAGUCAAUGCAUUCCUCUUUGAAGAAAUGGCUUGCCACUUAGACCCACAAGAUCGAUACACUCUUCCUCAGAUUUCAUACAUCCGUCGAGGGAUGAUUGAAAUGAAGAAGGACUUAGAGGCAUCACUUUCCAAGGUAUUUUCAUUUUUUUCGCUUAUUUAAAUUAGUACCUCCCUAUAUCCUCAAUUUGAUUUUGAUUUAGAAAUUCAUGAUUCAGAAAGGUAUUUGCAUUAGCCUAUGGACCGCCAUAUGGAAACUUGAAUAAGGAAGUAAGCUUGUGGGCGAUUGAGUUGAUGAUGGAAGAACGAGGGAGGGAAAUCGUUCGGCGAUGUGGAUGUCGGCUACCUGAGACACAUGGUCUACCAUGUAAAUGUAAGAGGAAGAAUAUAGUGUUGCCAUCAUAGAGUUGUAUCCCUACCACUUGCAUCGAUUCUGGUCUUCUUUGGUGUAUGAGAGUCCUCCCGAUCGUGCCGAAUGGGAUGACCAUGAUGCCAUUGAGCGUAACAUUUUUACAGCAAUGGUGGAGGAUGUGUACAAACAAAGGCCAGCUGCUAUUCGGAAGGCAACUCAGAUACUACGACCCCAUAUUCAUCCUCAAGUUGAAGGCCUACAAGAGCCUAGGGAGUCAGAGGCUCAAAGGGGACGACCACCUAAGAGGACCAACGCCCGAGAUCCUUCUUCGUUUGAGCAUGAGAGGGCAAGGUCAGCAAAGAGGAGCAAAACAAAUCAGAGCCCGAGGACACCUAGGAGCAAAACCCCCGCAGGUUAGCAUCAUUUUAAUAUUUUUGUGAUAAUAUCUUGUCUCUUUUGUAAGGUUUCGAAUAUGUGACCAUUUAUAUUAGUUAUUUUUUCCAUUUGUUGUAGGCUCACUGAAAAGUUAGCAUAUGCAAGUUCACAAUGAGAGAAAUGUUUGCCCCUAUCUUCGCUAUGUCCCACCCAGCAUCCACCCUCUUGUUAGAGGUUGGUUUGACCCAGAACCAGAUAGACAAUGUGGUUUUCGGGCCAUGUCACAUGCGAUUCAUGGAGACGAGGGACACUACCUACAAAUGAGACAAGAUAUCAUCACAGAGGUUAGAAACAAUUGGGAUCUCUAUAAGAGAGUUUACCUUUCUAGAGAUGGAUCGUUGGAGCCAGUAGUUCACAGAUUGGAUUGUCGGAUUGCUGGGAGAUGCACCCAAGAGUAUUGGUUCGAGGAGGUGGAUCUACUGGUAUUCACAACCAUGUACAAUUGGGCAAUUGUCGUCUAUGGACUAUAUGGAGGGUGACACACGUAUGGGUACACCGCCUUACCUAUGACGGCGCCGGAGGGGGUCACUCAACCAAGUGCUGUUAUGGCACUGGUCUUUACUGGGGCACAUUGGGUCCGACUCAUAGUCGACGAUGUCGAUGGAGUGACACCAAUGCCCCCUUUUUCACCACAAUGGUCUCAUUUUCGAAAUAUGACAUCAAUUCCUGAUUGGGACUUGUUAUACGAGCAAGAGCAGGCAUUGUAUUCCAUUCUCGGAGGACAUUAUCCAAACGAUGAUGAAGAGGGUGAUUAAGUGUUGUUUCCUUAUAUUGUGUUUUUAAUCAAGUAGUGUAUGUUUUGUGUUAGAAAAUAUGUAGACUUAGGUUAAAUUAAUCAAGUAACAUGUGCAAAUUUACUAAAAAACACAAACAUCCAAAUAUAAAAAUAACAAACAUCCAACAUCCGGACAUCAAAUGACAAAUAUCCAACACCUAAACCUAAACAAACUAGAGUUCCAACAUCCAAACAUCAAACAUCCAAACAUCAAACAACAAUGUUCAACAUAUAACAACUACAAGGUAAGUGAACGGUACGGUCUUUGCUGGCGAAAAGCGAUGUACUUGUCACAAACUCGUUGAAUCAUAUCACCAUAAGGACCCAACCUGUCAAGAUCCUCAUCAGAAGCACGAAGCAAAGGAUCAAUACCAUCAAUAAUCUGACAUGCUAGCU